CACGCCUUUGGCCUUUUAAACCUCAGAAAGAACAUACGAAAGCCGCGGUUUUCUUGUUCACUUUCCACACUUUCUCCUCGUUUGCACUUCUCUCUGCAACUGAGAAUGGACUAUCUUUCUCUCUCUCCUUCAAAAUAUCUCUUAUUAGGGUCUUCUCAACAUCCCAGUGGGCUCUCGACCAGACGCUUCUUCGCCCUUCCCAACCCGUCUAGAAAGAGGAGAGAGGGCCCGCCCAAUACCGGAAACAUAGUGUCCGCUCUCGGCAAGGGCAGUAUCGAUGGCACACUCUCCCGAAGAUUUCCCAAAAAUGUGUUGGAAAAACUGGGUGUGGAAGCUUUUGCUAGUGUUUCUUCAAGCAGCAGGGAAACUUCUUUAGUUGGUGUCAAUCCUCUUCCGUCUGCGCCACCCCCACCUUCUUCUAUAGGUUCUCCUCUUUUCUGGAUUGGAGUUGGAGUCGGACUCUCAGCGUUAUUUUCAUGGGUGGCAACAAACUUAAAGAAAUAUGCUAUGCAGCAAGCUUUCAAGACUCUGAUGGGUCAGAUGUCCACAGAAAAUAAACAAUUCAACGAUACUGCUUUUUCUCUGGGAUCACAAUUCCCAUUUCCAUCAUCCACUGCAUCAGCCCCAGCUGAAUCACCUUCUCCUGUUCCUUCACGAGCUGCAGUUACUGUAGAUGUCCCUGCAACUGAAGUAAGUGCAGCACAAGACACAGAAGUCAAAGUUGACCCAGAAAUAAAGAAGGAACCCAAAAACUAUGCUUUUGUAGAUGUUUCUACUGAUGAGUUGUUGCAAAAAUCUCCAUUUGAAAGCUCUAAAAGCUCAGUUGAGACAAGUUCCUCCAAGGAUGUUCAGUCUGCUGAAGAAGUUUCUCAAAAUGGUGCUGCUACCAAGCAGGACAUGGGUGCUUCUAGUGAGCAAUCCAAGUCUACUCGAAAACCUGGUUCUGUCUUGUCAGUGGAAGCUUUAGAGAAAAUGAUGGAAGAUCCAACAGUGCAAAAGAUGGUCUAUCCCUAUUUACCUGAAGAGAUGAAGAACCCUGCUACCUUCAAAUGGAUGCUCCAGAAUCCACAAUAUCGUCAACAGUUGGAAGACAUGCUAAACAAUAUGGGAGGUAGCACUGAAUGGGACAAUCAGGUGAUGGAUUCCUUGAAAAAUUUUGACCUUAGCAGUCCAGAGGUCAAGCAACAGUUUGACCAAAUUGGGCUUACACCUGAGGAAGUCAUUUCAAAAAUUAUGGCGAACCCUGAAGUUGCUAUGGCAUUUCAAAAUCCGAGAGUGCAAGCUGCUAUCAUGGAUUGUUCACAGAAUCCUCUUAGUAUAGCAAAAUAUCAAAAUGACAAGGAGGUUAUGGAUGUUUUCAACAAAAUCUCAGAACUCUUCCCCGGGGUGUCAGGUUCACCUUGAUUCCCCAGAUUUCGAGAGCCAAGUGUACCUUAUCUUACUUCCGCAUGACCAUGUGCCAAGGUGGAUUUGUCUUUCAUGACACCAGGUGUUAAAAGAAGUGGGGAUCUCUUACCGGUCCUGGGGUGAUGUGAUGAAGGUGACUUCUUCAUUUGCUCAUUCCUCAGUUUUGAAAUAGGAUGUAUUUUUGUAUUACUGAGGUACUGGUUGUGAAGUUGAAAUGCAUUUCUUGGUAGGAGUGCCGAAUGUGUGCUCUGUAUCCUCUUUGCUAAUAAAACAGAUGUGUCCAUCCUAUUUAGGCUGUAAAAAUUAUAGAGAUGUAGUAACUAUUUUGCUCUAAAUGCAUCUUGUCUGUGAUGGCAUAAACUGAUCGAAUUUGUGUUUUCAUUCAAGAAUCCAACGUGGCUAUGGAUUUU